GUGUCAUUUCUUCUCCUUGAAUUCAAGAAUGAAAGGAGAAACUUAAUUUAAGAGCUGGCUUUAAUUUCCUGUUCUUAUCUUCAGUACUACAGAUGCAUUUUACUAAUUCCAGACAUCUAUAAUAAACAACAUGUGAAAGAACUGGUAAAUAUGAUCCUAAUGAAGAUGGGCUUCUCAGGAAUUAUUGUACACCAGGAGUCUGUCUGUGCUACUUUUGGAAGUGGUUUAAGCAGCGCGUGUAUAGUGGAUGUGGGAGAUCAGAAGACAAGCGUUUGCUGUGUAGAAGAUGGUGUUUCCCAUCGCAACACCAGGCUGUGCCUUGCAUAUGGAGGAUCUGAUGUGUCAAGGUGUUUUUAUUGGCUUAUGCAACGAGCAGGAUUCCCAUAUAGAGACUGUCAGUUAACUAAUAAGUUGGAUUGCCUGCUGCUUCAGCACUUAAAGGAGACAUUUUGUCAUCUAGACCAGGAUAUUUCUGGAUUGCAAGACCAUGAGUUCCAGAUUCGUCAUCCGGAUUCUCCAGCUUUAUUAUACCAGUUCCGAUUAGGAGAUGAAAAAUUACAGGCUCCAAUGGCUCUGUUUUAUCCAGCAACUUUUGGAAUUGUUGGACAAAAAAUGACAACUUUGCAACAUAGGUCACAAGGUGACCCUGAGGACCCUCAUGAUGAACAUUAUCUGCUAGCCACACAAAGUAAGCAGGAACAGUCUGCAAAAGCGACAGCUGAUAGAAAAUCUAUGUCGAAGCCUGGCGCAUUUGAGGGAGAUUUGAGAGGCCAAGCCUCCGAUGCUUCAGAGAGGAUCUACCCACAGGAAGUGGAACUGGGAUCUUCCCAGAGUGAUUGUAUGAUAUCUGGAAAUGAUUCAGAGGAACCUUUAACUGCACACAUGUCCAGGAAAACAGCUAUUUCUCAGUUUGAAGGCAAAGCCUUAGGGCUUGAUAAAGCCAUUCUUCACAGUAUUGACUGCUGUGCAUCUGAUGACACAAAAAAGAAGAUGUACAGCUCCAUCUUAGUAGUGGGAGGAGGCCUUAUGUUUCAUAAAGCUCAAGAGUUUCUUCAACACCGAAUUCUCAACAAAAUGCCACCUUCUUUUAGAAGAGUCGUUGAAAAUGUUGAAGUCAUCACAAGACCUAAGGAUAUGGAUCCCCGCUUAAUUGCGUGGAAAGGAGGUGCAGUUUUAGCCUGUCUCGAUACAACGCAGGAACUGUGGAUAUAUCAGCGGGAAUGGCAGCGCUUUGGUGUCAGAAUGUUACGAGAGCGAGCUGCAUUUGUAUGGUAAUGGAUAUGUUUACAGUGGAACACGAUGAACUGAGGAUUCCUUUCCCCAAUUGCC